AUGGAAACACGUCCGUUUUUGAAGAAGUAUUAUACUUUUCCUGUCGGAGGAUCGGAUGGCCCAACGAGCUCUGUCAUGGGGAAGGGUAUAAAAGGAAUAGCUGGGGACGUCAAGUCCGUCAAACCGUUAGGAUAUGGCGAUCUCCUAAUCGAAGUUUUUCGCAAACAACAGGCGAUUAACCUACUGGGUACCACCAGUUUUGGAGGUAUCAGUGUUAUAGUGAAAGCACAUCCAUCACUAAACAGCAGCAAGGGGGUAAUCAGAUGCCCCGCCCUGCGUAAUGACGCUGAUGCCGCCAUACUGGAGUACUUCCAGGAGGAGGAGAUCCCAGUCUCUGAGGUGCGACGGAUUUUGUCCAAGAAGAACAACAAGUUGGUUCCAACAGACACAUUUGUACUGACCUUUGCUACCCCAUCACUACCUUCGGCCGUAGUGAUUGGUUACCAAAGGUGCAGUGUCUCCGUCUACAUCCCUAAUCCAUUAAGAUGCCGUAACUGCCAGAAGUACGGACAUCAUGAAAAAAGAUGUAGGCGGAAGACCGUUUGCCAGUACUGUGGUCGUGAAGGUCAUGAGGACCAAAGCGACUGUGAUAUUGCCAACCUGCGUUGUGUUAAUUGUGAGGGAAAGCAUGCUGCUUCGUCUCGAGACUGUCCUGCCUGGAAUCGCGAGAGAGAGAUAUUGCGGGUCAAAUUUACCCGAAAUGUCUCCUUCCCCGAGGCUAGGAGGAUAGUGGAGAGCACGGACGUGGCUGCUCCCUCAUAUGCACAAGUGACGAAAGUCCGGUCGCCGGUUGACAGUGUCGCAGUCAAGGAUGCUUCAGUUCAAGUAUCUGCAGACAUACCUGCCUGGGGCUCACAAGUCCCAGACAUACCUAGGAAAAAAACCAAAAUAGCGAGGGGCAACUCUGAUGGUCCUGAUCUGAAUGUCACCUUUGGCAAAGGAUCAGAGGACCCGACAAACCGGUUCAAUGUCCUACUAGAUUUCGAUGAUGAGAUGGAGACGAAUGCCUCAGCGCUUCGUGCUUCGACUCCAUCGAAAUCCAGCCAAAAUAGCAAAAGAUAA